AUGGCGAACGAUAUGAAAUUAGAAUAUGGGUCAGUAGCAAAAGCACGUGGUACUGACCUCUAUGCCCAAUACAGCAAGCUUGGGAGAAUUAUUCAAAGUGAAAGACGAUUUCUGAGGCAAUUGGCACGAAAGAAGAUCCGAGAACAGUUUUUUGCCACAAUAGAUACUAUCGAGAUUGAGCGUCAGCUUCUAGGAUCACCUACUACCGACGACCUCGAGAUUAAGGAUGGCGGAGUCCAGUUUACUUUCGCCGAACGGUCCCUCCUCGCGUCAAACCUUUUUCGACCUCUUGGUUGCGGUAAAGACGCGCAGAAUGAGAUUUACAAUCAUCAGCUGCAGGUUAUCAGUGAUUGGGCGGCGCUUUGUAGCCUACAGGGAGUCCCUUGCAAGCGGAGGGCUUCGAGUUACGGACUCAUUGCCCCAAAGAUGGAGGUUGAUGACCCAACUGAUGCUGAUGCUGACGUAUUUCCUAUUGUUUGUCCAGCCACCCAAUGCCUGUUUUGCCUUGGAAAUAAUCAACUAGCAUAUGAUACCCGGACAUAUUCGUUCUCACGCACGGAUCACCUCCAAAGGCAUGUGCGCGACACCCAUCUCCGCUAUUUAGCUGCAGAUGCUAAGUUUCUAUGCCCUCAUCCAGCGUGUUUGGAGAGGGUUCAGGGAGUUAUGCAUUUUAAAACCCUCACGGCUUUGAUACAUAAAGUUUAUCUUUGA